AUGAUACAGAUCAAUGGGGAGGCGGUUCAGGAGUACCAAAAGAAGCUCUCAACAAGUUCUGGAGGCACUGACGGCAAUAUUCCCUCUAGUCUGGGUGAAACCGUCUUUACGGGUGAGGAUGAUAAAGAUGAAAACAAUAUUCUGGAUGACAUCGCUCAGCUUGACAUGGAGAUGGACCAAGAAGAUGGUCCAGAUUGGAUGUUUGAUGCUGGAGAGACCUCCUCUAAAGAUCUGAACUACACCUUUUGUCCAGCACCUCACCAAAAGCAGGCCCUCCAUCUCUUUACUCAACAUUUUCGCGCACAUCCAUUCUUUUCCCUUCGUGAUGGUUCAACCCGGUCUGCCUUAGAGAUACAGUGUAAGUCUGUAUUCCAAAUGUACCAAUUCUGCAAGAAACAAGGACUAUGUGAGGUUUGGGCCUAUAUGUGGAAUUGUUGGUACUGUCAGACCAUGUGGCCCCUUUGGGCAUGGUCUUCAAGUCCAUACCUCACAUGA